AUGAUGAUGAUAAAGGACGAUAAGACAGUAUUCAAUAAUAGCAACACAUGGACAUUCAUUGGAAGGUUUGGUAAACCAUUUUUAUUGGACUAUGCCAUGGAGCACCAAUGUGUUUCUCAAGAUGGCAUUGCAGAGUUGGUUGAAUGUAUGCUUCAAGAGGCUGCCAAACAUUUACAGUAUGACCUUAUCAUAUAUUGUUUUGAACAAUAUCGCCAUCGCAUUGGAAUACAGAAUCUCCAUUCUAUGAAGAACAUUGCCAUUGAUAAUGGUGAUGUCAAGAUGCUGGAGUUCUUUUUCAAAGAGUCACCAAUCAAACAUCAACAACAAUCAGUGAUUGAAUCAUAUAUUACAAAGAGUAUCAAACAUGGUCAUGUGUCAGUUCUGGAAUUAAUAAUCAAGCAACUGGACAAUGAGACAGUUCUCACUCAGAUCAAGUCAAAAGUGAUGUCUCCACUCACAUUGGAUUUGGUAAAUGGAAAUGAUGUCCACAUGUUUAAGUAUCUAUUGGACAUUGGUGUUCGCAUCGAUGUCAAAGCUGUACUCUCCUCAACUGGAUACCAAUCAAACAAGAACAUUCAAUUAAUUGUAGAUCGAAUACGAGAUGCCAUCGCCCGCAGAGAGAGGAUACAAGGCCAGAGACUCAAACACAAGGCCAGAGACUCAAAUACAUAUAAC